AUGGCCGAGUGUCACUCGAUUUCGACACCCGUUGACACUCGCACCAAGCUAUCUGCUACAGACGGCAAUCCUGCAGCGGAUCCUUCAGAGUACAGGAGCAUCGCUGGGGCCCUUCAGUACCUGACCCUGACAAGGCCCGACUUGGCUUAUGCAGUUCAGCAGGCAUGUCUCUUUAUGCAUGAUCCGCGAGAGCCGCACCUCGCGUUGAUCAAGCGCAUACUGCGCUACGUCAAGGGCACUAUCGACUCCGACCUACACAUUGGCACCUCCCCGGUGUCUUCUCUCACCGCAUACUCAUAUGCAGACUGGGCCGGUUGCCCUGACUCCCGGCGUUCCACCUCGGGCUACUACGUCUACCUCAGCGACAAUCUCAUCUCUUGA